CCCAGGACAACAACGUCUCAAAAUCAGUUUCUUCGCCCAGAUUGAUGAAACAGUCGAACGAAUUGAGCUCAGAAAUUAAGGAAGGAAUCCUGGUGGAUAGUAACAGUACUUCGAUAAAGGAAAAAUUAUGGGUUUGCUGGCUUGCUUAGGGGUGAUAUCACCAUUCCCAUUUUACUAUUGGCUGUGGACUCAGCCUCAGACAUGGGUAAAUCUAUGCGGGAAAGGGAGUGACCCCUGCAAAGUUAUGGCAAUGGUGUCUCAUUUUCUGAAGUUGGUUCAGUUUGCAUCUCUGCUUUCCGUUUCAACGCUUUCUUGGCCGCCUCCUUUCUACUUCUGGCCCCUCUUCAUAUUCGGCCAGUUCCUAAAUUUCAGGGUAUAUCAACUGCUGGGAGAAUCAGGAACUUACUAUGGGGUUCGAUUUGGAAAGACCAUCCCAUGGGUGACAGACUUUCCUUUUGGAGUUAUCAAAGAUCCACAGUAUGUUGGUAGUGUUAUGAGUCUUCUUGCUUGUCUGCCUUGGGUUCCAUACCUAUAUAUCCUUUUAUGGGUCCUGGGUUAUGCGUUCAUGAUACAUCUGGAAUCUAAGGAAGACCCAAGUACUCGUGUAGAGGCUAUUUCUUAAUCGCUAAUCUGCUGAUUGAAGAAAUAAGUGCUGAAGAAAUUUUGACCCGUAUUGCACAAUACUUGUAUGGUCCCUAGGGACCCCUAACCAUGAGUUUUGUUUUUCAUUUACUUCUUGAUAGGGCCGAAUGCGAACAUAGUAAGUUUCUGGUUGAACAUUAGAAUGCCUUUUUAAGUCAUCAUUUCCCUUUUUCUUUUUCUUUUUCUUUUUUUUUUUGUAUUGGGGUGCCAAUACUAUUGCAUUUUAGUGGUUCCAAUUUGAUGCAUGUCGUAGACUGAAUAAUGAACUGCUACUAGUUUUUACAGCUUGA